GUCAUCCCCAGGCCCCACUCCCGCUCUUGCGCACCAAGCGGCUGCCGCCCCAGGCGUCAUGGCGUCCUCGCGCUUGCCUCCCACGGUGCUGACGCUGAAGCAGUUCAUGAGACGGCAGCAAGUUCUCCUCCUCUACAGGAAGAUCCUGCGAGCCAUCAGGCAAGUUCCGAGCGAUUCCGACCGGAAGUACCUCCAGGACUGGGCCAGGGAAGAAUUCAAAAGAAACAAAAGUGCCACGGAAGAGGAUACGAUACGAAUGAUGAUUACUCAAGGCAAUAUGCAGCUAAAGGAAUUAGAAAGGACUCUUGCGUUAGCAAAAUCUUAAUGGAAAGACUUUCAGAUCUCCAUGCAUUUUGCACAGGCCGAAAGCCACUGCCACAAAUCCCCAGUGGCGCAUGAAAAGCUGAUCAUGCUCAUCAAGAAUGCAAAUCAAGGGGUUAACAUUUCCACUUCAGUGGCUGCAAUUAAAGGCGCACGCCUUUAAUCCCAGCACUCGGGAGGCAGAGGCAGGAGGAUCUCUGUGAGUUCGAAGCCGGCCUGGUCUACAGAGCCAGUUCCAGGACAGCCUCCAAAGCUAUACAGAGAAACCCUGUCUUGAAAAACAAAAAAAAAGUGAACUAAGGUGACCACGGGAGCUUGGAAGCAUACAUGCUCGGGAGAGGGUAAACUACCAGCAGCCACUUUGGAAAACAGACCAUUAGUUCUUGAAAAGGUAAAGGUAACACGAUGCAGUUGCUGACAUGGCUCCAAGGUUAAGGCUUUUGCUGGCAGGAACCUGAGUUUCACCCCUGGGACCCACAUGGUGGAAGGAGGAAACCACUUCAGAAAGUUGUCUUCUGACCUCCACACGGGCACUGUGGCACAUAAGAGAGAGAGAGAAUAUAAUUUAAAUAAAAGGUGACAGUUACCUCAUACUUCAAGUCUCAGCUUUCACCAAGAGAACUGGAGCAUGUCUAUAAAAGUGUAUACGGAGUUCACCGGUUUUGGUUUUGGAAACAGAGUUUCUCUUUGUAGACCAGGCUGGCCUCAAACACAGAGACCCACAGCCUCUGCCUCUUGAGUGCGCAGAUUAACGGCGCGUGCCACCACAACCGAAUGAAUUCGGUGUUCUUCAUGAUAACCAGAUACUGGAUUUAGAAUAUCCAUUAACAGGUACUUGGGUAUAUAAAAUGUAGCGUGUUCUACAAUAAAGUAUUAUUUUGCAGUAAGGGUGCAGAGCUGCUCCGUGCUCCGUGGUGACCUUGAUUAUGUAAGAGGAGCUGACAAUAAAAGAGCCCCGGCCUCCGCUGCAGUGGGUAUUCCUUAGGACCGGGGAAAGGGCAGUGUUCAGUGAACAGGCCGUGCUGCUUGGAGGGAUGUGGAGAGUAACCGCGGGAUGGCUCUACAACUCUGAACAUUCUAAGGAUGUGCUGACGUCCAUUUGAGUGAGGGAAUGUGAUAAGUUCACAGACAGCCUUACUGUAAAACUGGGGUAUGAGGUGUAAUUGACAAGAGUAGAGUUCUCCAUUUGCCAAAGGAAACAUUCUAAUGAAAAUGUUUACACAUUGUCCAAAUUUUAUAUCAGUUAGAGCCAGCUCUGCAGUUCUCAUGCUUUGAAGGUAAGUAAGGGUUACAGUCCGGAGACUAAAUGUUUUGGCUUGACAUAGGAGAGCUUUGUGCUGUUUUCAAUAAACAGUUUAAUGACAA